AACUCUUUUUGAUUAGUUACGAGGAAUUCAGUUUGGUGCCCGGCCAGCUGAUGGUUAAUUUGUAGUUUCAUACUGAGUUACUGAUCAGAAUUCAUGCUAGUCUUGAACUCAGUAUAAAAAUAAAUGAAGUAAAUAAUCUCUUUAUGGUCCAAUUAUAAGAUGAAAAUGAAUGAAACUGUUAUUGUCACAAGGAACAGUCAAAAAGCAGCUACUCAAUGAAGGACCUCUAAAACGUAAAUUUUACAAUAUCAAUGGAGAUUCUGAAAGGUAAAUUAUAGGAGAUUUUAAGGCUCUAAAUGGAAUUUUGCUAACAACUUAUAGCAAUUGGCAAACUGCUAAGAUUCCAAAUGUCUCAUGGAAGAUAAUAAUCAAUAAUCAACAACUAAUGGUAUUCAAAGAAAACCAGGAUUAACACAUACAUUAAGCUGUAAAUGAUUAUAUAGCGGCCGUUUUCUGUUCGAGGGACAAUUUCUGAAAGAAUCAAAAUGAGAUAUUGGAUUGAACUCAUCAUAAGCAUUUUUUAUUCUGGUUUUACGGGACUAGAGAGGUGGCUUCAUUUUUGCCUUGUAGGAUUUCGAAGACAAAUAGCACAGAAUAUAGAACAGAAAAAAAAAAAUUGAUUAAAUACACAUGGGAAAGAAAUUAACAGAUAUUGCCUUUUUCUUGGAAAUGAGCAAAAUGUGUCAAUCCACUCGUGACUCGUGCCUUCUCUGUUCAAAUACUACUAUACUAAUGCCACAGAUGGGGGAACAGUUCAUAAACAUAUCAGAUAACAUUUGGCCAAGUGUGAACCAUCUUACCAGUUACCACCUUCUUGUAUUGAAAAGGGUUGGGAUAUUUUCUCUGUUCCCCCUGUAGUACUCCAUAGCACUAGACUGGACUUUACAUUCAACUGAAAAUGUCUCCUCUUCUCUGAAAGAAAGAAAAGAAAAAGAAAAAGGGUUGUCAGAAACUCAAAUCGCUUAUUGUCCUCAAGCCAAUUACCAUUUAUAUCCAGGAUAUUAAAUUAAACACAGAUAAACUGAUAAUAUCACAUGGCAGACUCAGAUCAGAAACCCCAUUAUGCGUGACAGGUAGAUAAGACUCUGCUUCAUUUAAUUACAAUGAUAACUGUUCUGGUUUUCUAUUAGGGACAACAGGCUAAAUAAGACUAAUUAACUAAUUGCAUAUACAUAAGAUGCAUGGUUUUCGCAUCACCAUAUGCAAGCAAACACAGGCAUUCAAAAUGUCACUCGUGCAAUCGCUGUCCAAUAAAUUGAUUAUCAGUGAAUUAAUUUGAGAUUUUAUAUACAAAAUGUAUCAGGUGAUGAGUUGGCAUGCUGGUGUAGGAAGAGACACUGCAAAAACAUUUCUUGGUGAACAUUUAGAUCCAAAUCGAAAUCAUGUUACCUCUCACUAGUGAUUGGGGUGGAUGAGAUUCCAUGUUCCCCCUCCCAACCCUAUAUAUUAAGCAGCUACAAAUAGAAAGCAACUCAUCAAUCUAAGUUGUAAACAAAACAACAUCUACAAGCUCUUCCAUCCUUUUUCAUAAAUCACAAAGAAGAAAUGGCUUCCCACACUCGCUCUAACAGCUUCCCCUCUAGGCCACACCCUAUCAUUGAAGAAGCUAAUGAACAAUUGUGCAGAUUGAGGUCUUCUGCAGCCACCUCAACAUCUUCAUCAUCAAUAAGCCACAAACUAAGUGGUCUAGAAAACUUGCAUGAUUGUGUUGAAAGGCUGCUUCAGUUGCCCCUCAAUCAACAGGCUUUAGCACAAGAGAAACAUCAGAAAUGCACUAAUGAGCUAUUAGAUGGUUCCCUCAGACUCUUGGAUGUUUGUAGCAUUGCCAAGGAAGCCCUGCAGCAAACCAAGGAAUGCUUACAGGAUCUUCAAUCUAUCAUAAGAAGACGAGGAUGCGAAUCUGGAGUACUUACAAGUGAGGUUAGGAGAUACUUGGUCUCCAGGAAGAUGGUGAAAAAGACAAUCCAAAAGGCUAUGGUCAAUACCAGAUCCUCUUUCUCUUCACUCAACAAGGAGACUGAAUCUAUUUCCAUUGUUAACAUGUUAAGAAAUGUAGAAGCAAUUACUCUUACAGUGUUUGAAUCACUGUUGUCCUUCAUCUUGGGGCCAAAGGCAUCAAGCAGCUGGUCAUUGGUAUCAAAGAUGAUGCAGUCAAAAAGAGUAGCUUGUGAGGAAGAAGCAGAAAUAAAUGAAUUCGCAGAGGUGGAUGCUGCAUUGAAGUCACUCAAGAGUGCAGACAGUGUACAGAACCAGCUUAACAAUCUGGAGUCAUGCAUUCAAGAUCAAGAACAAGGACUCGAGAGCCUAUUUAGGCAAUUGAUCAAGACUAGAGUCUCCCUUCUCAACAUCCUCAACCACUAGAUAAAAGGAUUUAGAUUGAUUUUGUACAUGAAGAACACACAUAUAUACAUCUUCCAAUAUCAAAUUGAUAACUCAAUGAUAUACUCUUUUCUACUUGAAUAGCCACUACUUGUUCAUCUUAGUUCAAAAGCAUUAAUUUCUGAAUCCCCUUGCAUACUGAUCAUCAGAUCAAAAACUCCAGCAAGUACUGAAACUACGUAACUAAAGUUCAAUGAUUCAAUAUUCCAAUUAUCAUGUUAGCUCAUCUACAAUAUUAAUGAAGAAAAAUAAUGUCCUUUCUGUACAUUAAAAGAUGAAUAAAAAAUGAACUGUAACUUCCUUAAUGAACAAUGCUAAGAGGUAAAUUCAGAGCAAUUGUUGAAAUCAUGAUUGAGGUCACAUGGGAUUUGUUCAAAUUAUAUCAAAUCUCAAGGUUGUCAAGAUUCCAAUUGUCUCAAGGAGAUAAUCAAAAAUCAAUAAUUAUUGGCAUUCCAAGGACUUAAUUGAUUCUCACACGCUUUAGGCAGUAAUCAUAAGGAGGUUAUAGGCUCAAAACACUGCAUUGGAGUAAUUAGAUGCCGAAUACAUGUUAGGUCGAUAGGUAGCAGCAACUUCAUAAUGAAGCAUUUUGAUGCUAAUAUCUUAAUGUCAAUUAUUAGCAAAUGCUUGAUAGGUGGCUUUAUCUCUGCCCUGUUUGUAGAUCUAAUAUCUAGGAUUAGGAAAGCAAUUAGCAUACAAAAUAUAGGUGUUUACACGUGUAAAUGUGUCACAUUCCAUUGACAAUACAUUUCUUUAUUGCUGUUUGCAGGAAAACUACAGAAGGAAAAAAAAAUAUAUAUAUAUACACACACACACACACACACACACUUAAGAACAGAUCUUGCCUUUUUCUUGGAAAUGAACAAAAAUGUAUCAACCCACUCGUGCCUUGCGUAAUUUAUCACCUUGUUCAGAAAAAAAUGCAGCAUUAUCCCAGGUUAAGAACUUAAAAUACUCAGCAAUACUGAGGAUUGUGUAGAAAAUAAUAGGUAUGGCAGGGAUCAAGAGGCACAUUACAUUAAAAAUCAGUGAUAUGAUUUUACACUUACCAUAUUCUGAGAGGGUUGAGAGAUUCUCUAUUUACAUUCAACUGAAUACCUUCUCUUCUAUGGGUAGAAAAUAAAUGACUGCUGUAAAAUCCAAGCGCCACGCUCACUCUUACAGCAUACCCUCAAUAACACACCUCAUUUCCAAGUUUACAUUCAUGUACGUCAAACCUGUCAGUUUUCUAAUUAUCUCCAGGGAAAUAGUAGAAAGCAGAUCGAAUAUGAAUUUGAUUAAUGACAAUCACAUGGCAGACUCAGAUCUCUCUACACUUCUAAUUAUAAUGAUAUUUUUGCUGGUUUUCUUCCUGUUUGGGGAACAGGCUGACUCAUCUUGUGCCACUGACCAUUUUUUUUGCACGAUGAAAACACAAUGCAUGGUCAGAAAAUUGCAGAUCUUGCCCACUCCUUGCAUACCAAUCACUCCUGCAAUCGUUGUCCGAUACGAAAAUUAUGAUUGAAUGCUUGUUAAAUUAAAAUAGCACAAUAAAAUAUUUUCAAUGCAAAAUGAAUCAGUUCAUGAGUUGGUAUGCUGGUGCAUAAGGAGACAUUACAUAAACAUUGCGUAGGGAACAUUAAAAUUGAAAUCAGAAUCAUGUUACUUCUCCCUGAUUGAGGUGGAUGAGAUUCCUUGUCCCCGUUCUCA